AUGGGGCAGCCACAGCUUCCUUGGGCAAUCCUCCUGCUCCUGCUCUUGGCCCACCCAGCCCACCCAGCCAUCCUGGAGGUGAAUGGGAACCUGAGCUGUCGGUGUGUGAAGACAACCUCAGACUACAUCAGUCCCAAGAAAUACGAGAGCCUGGAGAUCAGACCUGUGGGGAGCAGCUGCAGGCGUACAGAGAUCAUAAUUAAAUUAAAACCUUCAGGGAAGGUGUGCGUGGAUCCUGACGCCCCUUGGGUAAAGAAGCUGCUGAAGCGUAUUGCCAGCACGAAGAAAAAAUAAGUUUCCUGCUGAGGAAGUUGGUGCUGGGAGCCCCGAGCCGGGCGGGCAGAUGAUGUCCAGGACUUG